AUGAAAUUUGAUAUCAAGAAAGCAUUCAGUAACAGGUCUGAUAGGGUCAAAGGGAUUGACUUUCACCCCAGUGAACCGUGGGUUUUAACGACCUUAUACUCGGGUAAGAUUGAAAUUUGGAACUAUGAGACUCAACAAGAGGUUAGAUCGAUUCAUGUUACGGAGACGCCUGUAAGAGCCGGUAGAUUCAUUGCCAGAAAGAAUUGGAUUGUGGUCGGUUCUGACGACUUCAGACUCAGGAUUUUCAACUAUAACACUGGUGAAAAAAUUUCUGAUUUCGAAGCCCACCCUGACUAUAUCCGUUCCAUUGCAGUGCAUCCCACCAAACCUUACGUGAUAACAGGCAGUGAUGAUUUGACGGUUAAACUAUGGAAUUGGGAAAAGAAUUGGGCUUUGGAACAAACUUUUGAAGGACAUGAUCACUUUGUCAUGAGUGUCGCCUUCAAUCCAAAGGACCCUAACACUUUUGCUUCUGGUUGUUUGGAUCGCACCGUUAAAGUGUGGUCUUUAGGCCAAAGUCAGCCAAACUUCACCUUGGUCACUGGCCAGGAAAAGGGGGUGAACUAUGUAGACUACUAUCCAUUACCGGAUAAGCCAUAUUUGCUGACUGCCUCUGACGAUAUGACUGUCAAGAUUUGGGAUUAUCAAACGAAGUCAUGUGUCGCCACGUUGGAAGGGCACAUGGCUAAUGUCUCCUUUGCCAUUUUCCACCCCACAUUGCCUAUUAUUAUAUCCGGGUCCGAGGACGGGACUGUGAAAAUUUGGAACUCCUCCACCUACAAGAUUGAAAAGACUUUAAACUUAGGCUUGGAAAGAAGUUGGUGUAUUGCCUCCCACCCAACAGGUAAGAAGAAUUACAUUGCCGCUGGUUUCGACAACGGGUUUACUGUUUUGUCCCUUGGUAAUGAUAUCCCAGCUCUAUCGCUUGAUCCUGUUGGUAAGUUAGUCUGGGCUGGUGGUAAGAACGCUGCGGCAUCCGAUAUAUUUACCGCUGUUAUCAGGGGCAAUGAAGCUGUGGAAGAAGGCGAACCGCUUCCUUUACAGACAAAGGAGUUGGGGACUGUAGAUAUCUUUCCACAGACUUUGAGUCACUCGCCCAACGGUCGGUUUGUUACCGUGGUCGGUGAUGGAGAGUUCGUCAUAUACACUGCUUUGGCAUGGAGGAAUAAGGCUUUUGGUAAGUGUACAGACUUUGUCUGGGGUCCUGAUUCCAACAGCUAUGCAUUGAUCGAUGAAACCGGUGUCAUUAAAUACUACAAGAAUUUUAAGGAGGUCACGUCUUGGUCUGUUCCAUUGGCUUACUCCGUCGACAAGUUAUUUGGCGGGUCACUCCUAGGGGCCAAAUCUGAUGGGUUUGUUUAUUUCUUUGACUGGGAAACAGCUACUUUGGUAAGAAGAAUAGACAUUGAUGCAAAAGAAAUUGUCUGGUCUGAAAAUGGUGAUUUAGUUAUGCUGAUCAACGACAAAGAUGAGCGUUCUCCCGACGCAGCCAGUGCAUACUCUUUGGUAUUCAACAGAGAUACUUUUCUAGAUGCCGUCAACAGCGGAGAAGUUAACGACGAGGAAGGUGUCGAGGACUCAUUUGAUGUUCUGAACGAACUAAAUGAGCCUAUAACUUCAGGUAAAUGGGUUGGUGAUGUUUUUAUUUUUACCACCUCAACGAAUAAACUAAAUUACUUUGUUGGUGGCAAGAUGUAUAACUUGGCCCAUUACACCAAGGAGAUGUAUUUGCUAGGAUAUUUGGCUCGUGACAAUAUGGUUUACUUAGCCGACAGAGAAGUUCAUGUUUACUCCCACCCCGUCUCGCUAGAGGUCCUGGAGUUCCAAACUUUGAUCCUAAGGAGUGAAGUCGACGAAGCAAUGGAAACGGUCCUGCCAAACAUUCAAGACAAGGACUCUUUAAGCAAAAUUGCAAGAUUUUUAGAGGGUCAAGAGUACUAUCAGGAGGCGUUGGAGAUUACGCCAGACAAUGAUCAGAAAUUUGACUUAGCUAUCAAGACUGGUCAGUUACCACUAGCUCAUGAUUUGUUGAAAGAGGUCGACAAUGAAUUGAAAUGGAGAUCGUUGGGGGACUCUGCACUGAAAAAUUUCAACUUUCAAUUGGCUAUUGAAUCAUACGAGAAGGCACACGACCUGGAGUCCUUGUUUCUCCUAUAUUCCUCCUUCAACGAUAGUGAAGGCUUGGGCCAAGUUGCCAAAAACGCUGAACUGGUUGGUAAAUUCAAUGUUGCUUUCAACGCUUAUUGGAUGAAUGGGGAUAUUGAGGCUAUUAAAAAGCUGCUGAUCAAAGCAAAUAGGUUUUCUGAAGCAUCGGUAUUUGGUUUAACAUAUGGCUGCAAUGAACUUGAUCAACUUAUUGAACAGUGGAAAGAGAAGCUACUAAUUGCUGGCAAGAAGGGUAUUGCUGAAAGAGUUUAUUUACCAGGUGAAGACGGAGCCCAGUUUCCAGCAACAGUUACAGAUUCUAAAACUUUGAUCGAUAUCGAAUCUACUGCUACACCUGAUGAGAGCUCUUCCGAUCCUGCGGAACCUGUGGAGCCCGUAAAGCCAGUUGAUGAUGAUACAGAAGCACUAGUGCAGGUUGCGUCUGAGGAUGAACCAGAUAAGGAGGAGACUGUUGCCGAAGACGAACCUCAGACGAAGAGCAAUGCUGUUAAAGAAGAGGUAAAAAGCGAAGACGAAGAAGAAUUCCAGGAAUCGAGUGAUAAGGAACCAACACCUGAAAAGUCCAGUUAG